AUAAACAUUCGUCAAUUGGCAAUAUUCACUUCAACUUUUAAAAUGGCAAUCUCCGCUAGAGAAUACGUAAGACAACUUAGCCCGACUAGAGAGAACAAUAGUAAAGAUAAGGGAUCCCAAUCGGCUCGUCUACCAAAGUGCCCAAGUACUCCGAUUUCCAGACAGAAUUCUGAAUUAAAACAAAAUAAUUUUAAAAUUGAAAAGAAAUUGGAAAAUCAAAGAUUAGAAACAAGAGCAGUUAGAUCCCUUUGGUAUGCACUUCAAGGGAAAAGACCUCCUGAAAUCUACGCGUCUAUGGUAUGUCCGCCUAACUGGCCUCCCCCUCACCUGCGAAAUCUUCAAGAUAAACUCUCAGAGGAAAAAACAAAAUGUAUCGAAGGAAAAGUUUUUAGUAAUCCUCAAUCGAAUAGUUGCUCUCUUCCGAAAACUCUUAACACAAACACUAAAGAUCCAAAUGACAAAGUCAUAGUGGGAGGAAACUUUCGUUUGAGAGGUGAAACUUCUCACGAUCGAAUCAAGACUGCAAAAUACUAUACAGCACUAACAAGGCGUCGACCUGCAGAAAUUGAAAACAAAAGAGAAGACUAUGACGCUCUCAGUAGGCAUUUUGUUCCUUUACCAACUUUGUUUAAUGACAAGAUAACAAAGAGGGAUUAUGAAGCUCGCAAAAAUAUGAAUGAUUGGGUAAAUCAAGUGGUGAAGAAUGUUCCAAAUCGUCCUGAAAUGACUAAAAGUAUAAAAGUUGAACCAAAAUUGGCCUGGGAUCCGACUUCACUGAAAGUUCAACAGAACACACAACCAGCUUUUUAUAGAGCAACGAAACAACCUAAGCAAACAAAUUAUGUCGUUCACCCAGAGUGGUAUUCGGAAUUUUAUCCGAAAUCUAGUAAUCCACCUUUAACAUUGACUUUGGGUCUAGGAUAAAUUAUUAGAUAUGCACGUACCGCUGCUUGUCAUUAUGCAUUUUGAUUGAUAAAUAAUAAAUACACAAAAUUGGACAUUUCCAAAUAUUUACAAUCUUAAUGAUAUACUAGAGACAUUAUAUAAUAUACAGUAUGUCAAAUGAUUCAUUGGUUGAUAGUUUUGGUACUAUAUUAAAAUUAGAUAAUAUAAUUUCUUGAAAGCAUUGUCAAUUAAGAAUC